CUCUAGAUGGCGAGCUUAUAUUAGUCCUCCCGUUGUAUACUGUGGUAAACCAGGAACGGCAGUUGUUACCUGCCUGUGUUGGUGAUUAUCAAUCUGGAGGGGUCAAUGUGUCUCCAAUGGCCAUAAUAGUGGGGAACUGGUUGAGCUCCGCUGCCGUGGGUCAAUCACGAUAAGCUGACAUCGGGGUCCCAAGAAAUCCGUCGGUCCAAAUACGACUUUAUCCACGAUCAUCCUCCUCUAUUCUCAUCCAAGUGGAGCUAUUCAUGCCGCCUCGCCGGCCGGGCACUCGUAUCUCCCGUAUCUCCGCAUUUCAGUACAGUCAGAUCCGGACCUAAGCGGAUCUUGGAUUUAGUCUAAUGGUGCCAUAAAGGCCCAUCCUUCAAAUCAUCAUCAUCAAUAUCUCCACAGCCUUGUCCAUUAUUAUCAUAUAAAUCUACAUCUCUUCUCAAAAUGGCUCCUCUCAAGUAUGUCGCCCUCGGCAGCUCCGUCGCGGCCGGCCCAGGUAUCCCGCCCAUUACCAACCGGUUUGCACAGCGCUCUGCGAACAACUAUCCCAACAUCCUCGCCAAAAAACUGGGCGCCGAGCUUACUGAUCUUUCCGUCUCGGGUGCCACUCUAAAAAACAUACUGUCUGUGCCCCAAACGUACUUCUAUUUAAUCAGCUUCGAGCCGCAGAUAAAAGGCAUCCCUGCUGAUGCCGACAUUGUUACCAUCUCUGCUGGCGGGAAUGAUAUUGGCUACAUCACCGGUAUCAUGCGAGACACCUGGAGUACAACAUUUUCAGGCCGUCUCCUUACGGGGUUGCUGCCUACCGCGGAAGACCUGAGCAGCCAGGACGUUGCUGACCGCUUCACGGCUAUUAUUGACGAGAUCCGCAAGAUCGCGCCCAAGGCUCUCAUCGUUCUGGUCGAGUAUCCAACGGUGUUUGGAUCGGAUGAGCCGAUUCAAGAUAUCCCUCUGGAUAAAGAACGCAUCCGUCAUCAUCGGAGUGUUGCAGAUUCCCUUGAAAGGGCAUAUCAGUUAGCGGCCAAAGCUCGUCCGGGCGUGAAGCUCAUUUCUGUGGGCGAGCUUAGUCGUGAACAUGCAGUGGGAUCGAAGGAGCCGUGGGUCAGCCGGAAUGUAGGAACAUUUGGGUUCCACCCUAAUUUGGAGGGCAUGCAGGCGGUGGCAGAUAUGGUUUAUCAGGAAUUGAAGACUGAGAAUCUCGUAUAAGACUGGGAAUAUUUGCUUUGUUACGUUUGUUCUUAUGAUAAACACUGGGGGUCCGGUUCACUUACUAAGUUGCAAUUGUCCCUAUGCAUUUACUAGUCUUUGAUACCAUGAAUAAGAGACUGCAAAUGUGCGAAACCAAGUCUGAGUAGAUGAAACCAAGGUUCAAUACCCCGCAAAGGAGGGGGUGUUGGGAUAGAAAAGAGGGGCCUUUAAGGGUUCGAGUCAAUCCUUCCCCAGAGUAAAUGUGGUCUGACCCAUCAAAUUUAUGUUUUAAGCCUACUGCCUCAGAAACAAACGUGUCGGGCUCUACCAAUCGCCAGGCCCUAGCUCCGGACAAACCGGUUUCGGGGAGAUAGGUUGUUAAGAAGAAACUUAUUCGGCUCAAAUGGAGAAUAAUUUAGGCAAAAGAUGCUAGAUGCACGCAGCGGCGCAAAUAUCGAG